AUGGGGGCUCAUGUAUCACAGGUAGAUGAGGUCACUCUAUUCCGCCGGGGAGAGAAGGCAAUAGGAAGUCUUCACCUUACUCCCCACCAUAUUGUCUUCUCGUAUAUUCCACCCCAGAAAGAAUCAUCUAGAGAGCAUUCCAAGGAUAAGCCGACUGUGGGCCAUAAAGAGAUAUGGAUCACAUAUCCUAUUAUCUGUUUCUGUACUUACAGACCUGCAUCUCUUGCAUCACGCCAGCCAGCAUCAAUACGCCUCCGCUGCCGCGACUUCAGCUUUAUGUGUUUUACUUUUCCAAAUGAGGCGAGGAGUAGAGAUGUCUAUGAGACUAUAAGAACAUGGACAUGCAAGCUUGGAAGCAUAGAAAAGCUUUAUGCGUUCACCUUUCAGCCUCCUGCAGCCGAGCUUGCUUUGAAUGGAUGGGAACUAUAUAACCCUCGCAAGGAAUGGGCUCGUCUUGGAGUAGGCAGGGCAGAUCAGGACUCUAACUGGCGAAUAUCCUGUAUCAACACAGAUUAUAAGCUAACAUUUCCUGGCAAGUUCUCGCCCACGUAUCCUGCCCUCCUCCCAGUUCCGAGCAAUAUAUCCGAUAAUACGAUUAAUUAUGCUGGGAGAUAUCGCUCAAGAGCGCGGAUUCCAGUUCUGACCUAUCUUCACCCUGUCAAUAACUGUUCCAUAACUCGCUCGUCUCAGCCGCUUGUUGGCGUCCGAAACAACCGCAGCAUCCAAGAUGAGAAGCUCCUUGCUGCUAUUUUCUCAACAUCCCGGCAGGAUCGGCCUCUAGCAAACGCAUCGCCCCCUUCCUUAGAAACAGAAUCCUCCAACUCAAGUGCAGAAGAACAGUUUGGAAUUCACUCCGACUUUGAAUUCUCGAAUGCAGAAGAACUGGAGGACGAAGUUGUAGCCUCCGCCAGGAAUGAUAUCAAGGACUAUAAAACACAAAUAUAUGGAGCUCAGCAAAAUAACCUGAUUGUCGAUGCUCGCCCUACUGUGAAUGCUCUUGCGAUGCAGGCUGUUGGUUUGGGAUCCGAAAACAUGGACAACUACAAAUUUGCUGCUAAGGCCUAUCUGGGCAUUGACAACAUCCAUGUUAUGAGGGACUCGCUUAAUAAAGUCAUCGAAGCGCUCAGGGAUUCUGAUAUCAGUCCGUUGCCACCAAAUAGAGAUCAGUUACUGAAGAGUGGAUGGCUGAAGUACAUCGCUGUCAUUCUCGACGGGGCAGCAUUGAUCGCCCGGCAGGUUGGCCUACAGCAUUCACAUGUGCUGAUUCAUUGCUCUGAUGGAUGGGACAGAACUGGCCAACUCAGCGCCCUGAGCCAGCUCUGUUUAGAUCCGUAUUAUAGAACUUUGGAAGGAUUCAUGGUUCUUGUUGAAAAGGACUGGCUUGCGUUCGGUCACAUGUUCCGUCAUAGGUCAGGGCAUCUUAACAGUGAUAAGUGGUUUCAAGUCGAAAAUGAUCGGGGCAGUGACUCUGCAAGAGGUGCUUUUGAGGGGGGAGUAGCAGGCAAAGCCCUUGAAAAUGCCCUGCUCAGUGCAAAAGGCUUCUUUAACCGGGACAACGUCAGCCGGGAGUCAUUGGUAGAGGGUGACGGCGACAGGACCGACCCUGACUCCUCGAACUCGAAGAGGGCGACCUCCAAUCCAAAAUCACCAGUGAGUGACAGUGAUAUGACAAAGCCCAAGGAAACUAGCCCUGUAUUUCAUCAAUUCUUGGAUGCUACAUAUCAGCUUCUCUACCAACACCCUACCCGCUUUGAAUUCAACGAACGUUUUCUGCGACGGCUGCUCUACCAUGUCUACUCUGGCCAGUACGGUACAUUCCUUUACAACAGUGAAAAGGAACGUGUUGAUCGCGGAGCCAAAGAAAAGACUCGCAGCGUCUGGGACUAUUUCCUAGCCAGGCGAAGCCAGUUCAUCAACCCGGAGUAUGACCCUCUUAUCGACGACAACAAACGUGGUAGUGAGCGUUUACUAUUUCCUCGCACAUACGAAGUUAGAUGGUGGGCUGAAUCAUUUGGACGCAACGAUUCCGAAAUGAAUAAUCCUCGCAUAGCAAACAGUGGUGUCCUGGUUGAAAGAGAUUGCCCAAGUGGAUCUAUGACCCCUAUGGUUGCUGUCGAAACCGCUGAUCGCUCGGUUACCCCUGUCGCUGUUUCUCAGCAGUUGGCUGCACCUCAGUCUUCUACAACCGGCCCUACAACUAGUAUCACUUCUCUUGCGGCCAAUAUUUCUGGUUUAAGCUUGCCUGUAGGGAAAGGAGAUGGUCCUGGAACAAUCAAUGCACGGGAAAUGGAGGCGGUAGAGAUGACGUAG